UCAGAAGCACAACUUCAUUUUGUACUAUUACGGCUAUGUUCAUGUUUUCACCCGCGGAGAUCUUACCUCAAUGAACUCAAACACAUGAGUCAUAGAAGCGUUCCACGUGAGUGAAGGCGGAGCCUCGGCGCACACCUCCUAUUAUGUUAUCGUCACGGACCAAUGGUAGAACGAAUGUGUUUUACAGCGGGUUGUUGUUGUGAAAACCUGGCAACCCUGCUCAUCACCGGUGCAGUCAUGACCUCAUCUCCUAAAUCAAACACCUACAAUUCACAACUAACUGCUAAUGCACUCGCAUUCAUGUAAAGUACAAGUUUGGUUGAGUACAGGCAAGAUAAAGUACCUUCAAUGCCCUCUUUAUAGAAGAAACAAAUUGCUGCAGAAAACGUUAGGUGCCAUGCAAAAAGGUUAAUUGCAUUAUGUGGCGAGGGGGGCGUGGUUCAGCGAAGUCUGCAGAGGGAGAGAGAGUUAGGAGACGAGCGGUGAGUGAGUGGGUUAAAUGCAAAUGACGAACACCUGUCUCUUGUUUCAGUAAUUGGCGUGGAGAGAGUAUAUAACGCCAGGAGAAACAGGAGUGGCAGAGAGAGAGAAGGACUACUGACUGCUGCUGCCUCGGAGACACUGAAGUGCUGGAGUGAAAAGUUGUGAUUUAUGUUGUGACCGUUUUGUGCCUGUCUGCACACCCUUUUGUUUAUUCUCAGAAACUGAAUAAAAGAGCUGUCAGUAGUCAAAGCCGACCCUGUCCUCUUCCUUCCUAAUACUGAACUUUGUUACACUGGUGCCGAAACCCGGGAAGGGAGAGGAAAGCCGCCGCCAUGCAAUCGUCCUCCGGAAUGCCAUUUGCGGAGAUUAUCAGCAGCCUCGCGGUCAUGCAACAGGAACAACAUCAGGCCCUGCUGGAUUUACGGAAGGAUCAAGAAAGAACCUUCCAAGUCGUUGUCCAAGCCCAGCAGGAGGACCGUGAGAGGUUCCGGAGCUGGAUUGACCGGGAGGUUCGACUGGAAGCCACGGAACAUCGCGCUGUGCCCACCCCCCUGCCCUUCAACAAAAUGGGAUCUGCGGACGACCCGGAGGCGUUCCUUGACUUGUUUGAAAAGAAGGCCGAGCUGUCAGGCUGGCCGCAGGACCAGUGGCCGAUGCGCCUGGUCCCGCUGCUCUCCGGGGAGUCCCAGAUAGCGGCACAGCAGCUUCCGGUCCAGAAUCUCCUGGUCUUUGACGACCUGAAGAGGGCCAUCCUCCAGCGGGUCGGCCGGAGCCCUGAGGAACAUCGCCAGCGUUUCCGCUCACUCGAGCUGGCUGAGUCCGGCCGGCCCUUCACGAUGGUCCAACAGCUCCGGGACUCCUGCCGCAAAUGGCUGCUGGCUGAGGGAAGCGACAUGGAGAGGAUUAUUGAUCGAGUGGUACUGGAGCAGUUUAUUACUCGGCUACCGAAGAAGACAGCCGAGUGGGUCCAGUGCCACCGCCCCAUGUCGCUGGACUCGGCCAUCCAACUCGCAGAGGACCAUAUGGUGGCGUGCCCUGGGGUCGGCGAACCCCUUCCAUCUGCUUCUCUCUCUCCCUCUACAUCUUCUGUCCCUCUCUCUCGUCCUGUUCCUCUCCCCAGGUCGCGGCCACCUGGCUAUCCAUGAGUCCCGCCCCGGGGGCGCGGCGGGCCUGACCAGAGCCAGGAGGGCGUGACUGGCUGCCACGGGACAGGACCCCACUCCUGCUUCUCCGCUUUCUCCACGCCAAUCAUUUACCCCACUCCCUGCCACUGGAGCGGCGGGGAGGUCUGGACCAGCCUGUUGGUGUUGCGGGGACCCGAAGCAUUUCAUAGAUAAGUGCCCCGUGAUGGAGGUUGGGACAAUGGUCCGGGUCCCGGAUGUCCCGCAGGCUGCCCCCGGUCAGGCUGACUGGUACCAAAUACCCUUUUAAGAUGCCACGAGGGUCAACAAUAACAACAUGUGUUGGUUGCAAAGCAGCUAUUGGUGUGGCCACCAAGACCUGCAAAUAUUGCCAAUCAAGUGCAGCCAAGAAAGCAAAGACUGGCAAAAAAACUUCUGAAAUUUGAGGACAGAAAGGAGACGUGGUUAAAAAACAAAAACAAAAACCAAACCACCUCUCAUGUUAUUGAUGAGGCAUCUGUCUUGGUGGAAAAGUUAAACACAUUGGGGUACAAGGCCAUGGUCUUUAUUGGAAAGAAAACCAAAAAGCAGAAAACCUGGUCCGCACAAGUCCUCCAGCCAAAAUGGCAGCUGUCAGACCAUUCUGAAAAAUACCUUGACAGGA